CAAAAUACGAAACAAACGCACCCUUGUCCUUUUCUUGCUCGUUUCCCUUCGCUCCUUCUACUCCACCUACCGUUGUUUUCCAUUGUCUUAUUUGUUUCCCUCUUCGGCUUUCUGCAACUUCCGGCGCAAAUCUGACCACUUCCGGUCAGUUAUCUCCUCCACUCUCCGAAUUACGGCAAAUUCCACGUUUGAAGUGAGUCCCAGAAGAUAGUAGCAAACGAUGUCUUAAGUACAUACUGUGAGGCUUAAUUUAGAGUUCCAGUCUUCCUGAAGAUCUCUGGAAUUCUGAUCGGAUUCUUUUUUGUUUCUUGAAUAGUCUUUACAGGCUUAUCUUUGUGUGGUGAAGCAAUUUAUUCAGGAAACAAUGGACCAGUAUGAAAAAGUUGAGAAGAUUGGAGAAGGAACUUAUGGUGUAGUUUACAAGGCUCGUGACCGUUUGACCAAUGAGACUAUAGCUCUUAAAAAGAUUCGCUUAGAGCAGGAAGAUGAAGGAGUACCUAGCACGGCAAUAAGAGAAAUUUCCCUCUUGAAGGAGAUGCAGCAUGGAAACAUAGUCAGGUUGCAGGAUGUUGUACACAGUGAGAAACGAUUGUAUCUUGUUUUUGAGUAUCUGGACCUUGAUUUGAAGAAGCACAUGGAUUCUUGUCCGGAGUUUGGUAAAGAUCCUCGUUUAAUAAAAACAUUCCUGUAUCAGAUUCUUCGAGGAAUUGCUUAUUGCCAUUCUCAUAGAGUUCUCCAUCGAGAUUUGAAGCCUCAAAAUUUGCUGAUAGACCGCCGCACCAAUGCACUGAAACUCGCAGACUUUGGAUUGGCAAGGGCAUUUGGUAUUCCUGUGAGGACGUUUACUCAUGAGGUGGUGACACUAUGGUACAGGGCACCAGAAAUCCUCCUUGGAUCCCGCCAUUACUCCACCCCAGUUGAUGUAUGGUCAGUGGGUUGUAUAUUUGCUGAGAUGGUGAACCAGCGACCUUUGUUCCCUGGGGACUCUGAGAUUGAUGAACUGUUCAAAAUUUUCAGACUUUUGGGUACUCCGAAUGAAGAAACUUGGCCUGGGGUGACUUCAUUACCUGAUUUCAAAACUGCCUUUCCCAAGUGGCCUCCUAAGGACCUGGCAACUGUGGUACCUGAUAUGGAACCAGCUGGAUUAGACAUACUUUCAAAAAUGCUUUGCUUGGACCCCAGUAAAAGAAUUACAGCACGGAAUGCUCUUGAGCAUGAAUAUUUCAAGGAUCUUGGGGUUGUACCUUGACCUCCAUUCCCGUCUUCCUCAGCAUAUCGAUUUGUCAACAGAAGAGGGAAAAUUAUAUUGGAUUUGAUUGUGUUUUACAUGUGUGCUUUCUUUCAUUGUAUUCUCACCCUUAAUAUUGAUUCAGAUCAAAUUGAAGUAGGGUUUUACUGCUGUAAUUUCAUACAGUAGUUAUUCUUGCAGCUUUUGGCAUGUUUUGAAAGGAAACGAAGUCAAUGUAUGCAGAUCCUGUGCAUGCUUCUUAAAAUUCUGUCUAUAUGUUAUGUAAUAGCAAUUCUGCCUCUUAUUUUAGAUUCAAAUACAAUGGUCCUGUGACAUCCCAAAAGGUAAAA